UGAAAAUGAAGUGAUGCUAUCAGUCAUCCUAAAACCUCUACUCUUUACAUUUCCCCGCAGCAGAAGAAGAAUGACCUCCGCCGCCUGCGGCCGUAUGUUUCAGCUCCAAACCGACCCACUCACCGGCAAAUCAGAGUGGCUCGUUAUCCAAGACGAAGAUGAUCAACUCCAAACAACCCCCAAAUCACUUCUCGCAACCACGUCUUACCUCGACAUGCUCAACGAUUCCCGCCGCAACGCCGCCUACCGUCUCGCCAUCGAUAACACCGUCACUACACCCUCCCACGUCCUCGACAUCGGGGCAGGGACGGGUUUGCUGUCGAUGAUGGCAGCUCGAGCUAUGGGGCUUUCUGAUUCAAAUGGGAUCUCUACUUCUAAAGGGAUGGUGACAGCUUGCGAGUCAUACCUUCCCAUGGUGAAGUUAAUGAGAAAGGUUUUACGAGCCAAUGCCAUGGAGGGGAAAAUUCGUCUCAUAAAUAAGAGGUCCGAUGAGUUGGAAGUUGGCUUGGAUAUCCCAUCGCGUGCUGAUAUUCUCGUCAGUGAGAUCCUAGACUCGGAAUUAUUGGGUGAAGGGCUAAUUCCAACUUUACAACAUGCGCACGACAAGUUAUUGGUAGAAAAUCCACAAACCGUACCUUACCGGGCCACUACUUAUGGCCAGCUGGUUGAGUGUACAUAUUUACGGGAGAUGCAUGAUUUAGUUCAUGGAGAGGCAGAAGCAUCAGAUGGCAUUCAUCUUCUGCCAAGUGUAAUGCCCAACCUUUUAGCUGUAAAAAAGCAACAGUUUGCAAUGCAUUGUAAUGCAAUUAAAGACGAAAUCAAACUGCUCUCAGAGCCGUUCAAAGUUUUUGAUUUUGACUUUUGGAGGAGGCCAGAUAGUUUUCGUGAAGCUGACCUACACAUAAAGGCUAAGGGUGAUGGUACAGUUCAUGCUAUCAUCUCAUGGUGGUUGCUUCAGCUUGAUAGUGAAGGAACAACAUUCUAUUCUACGGGCCCAAACUGGAUACCAUAUACUUCUGAUGUGAAAGAAUUGAAAACAUCCUUUGUCAGUUCUGGAGAUUGGUGUGAUCAUUGGAAACAAUGUGUUUGGUUCAUCCCGAGCUCAGGUCUACCUGUAUCGAAAGACAAAGAGGUUUGGUUACAUGCUGCUCAUACUGAAACCAGCAUUUCAUAUGAUUUCAAGACUUCAUGCAAUGAGAAAGAAGAUGCGGAUCUUGACCUCCAUACUCCAGAUGGUCAGCUUUUUCUAUCGCCUGAAAGAAUAGCUUUGUAUGGAAAUAGUUGUUGGAGAGAUUUGAUGCUCAAUGCCAUUAAGAACGCUAUCCAUCAGAAAGUAGAUCCCUUGUGCUUAGUUGCAGAUGAUAGCAUCUUCUUGGCAGUUGCCGUUGCCCAUCUUUCCAAGACUUCACAAGUGAUGCCAUUAUUCCCUGGUCUUGGAAACAAGGGCAUGCAGUAUCUGCAAAAAGCUUCUAUAGCUAAUAGCUACUCCAUGGACCGUAUAGAGUUCCUAAGAAGAAAGGAAUUGCUAUCGAGUCUGCAAGGUUCCCCUCACCGAAAGAUUGACUUAUUCAUUGCGGAGCCAUUCUAUUAUGGAAAUGACAAUGUCCUUCCCUGGCAAAAUCUGCGAUUUUGGAAGGAAAGAACUUUACUUGAUCCAAUUCUAUCUAAAGAUGCGCUCAUAAUGCCUUGUAGAGGGUUGUUGAAAGCUUGUGCAAUGUACCUUCCUGAUCUUUGGAAAAGCCGUUGUUGCCUGAAGGAAAUUGAAGGGUUUGAUAAUUCAGUCGCAAAUACCACAUUGGGGGCAUGUGGAGGUCUACUGGUUACAGAAGACACUCCUUUUCUGCCCUAUUUUAUUUGGCAGUGCGGUGAGACAAAGAUUCUCAGCAAAAUGGCCACUGUCUUGGAGUUUGAUUUUUCAAGACCAAUGAACCCCUGUUCUGGAAAAACUAAGGUUCAAUUUAGAGAAUCUGGGAUGUGCCAUGGCUUUGUCCUCUGGAUUGAUUAUGUCAUGGAUACGGAGAACAACACUAUUCUAUCAACAGGACCAGAUAAAAGACAUUGGAAACAAGGCGUGAAGCUUUUGAAUGAGCCAGUUGAGGUUGGGCAUGGCGACUUAUCCUCAACAGAAAUUGAAGCUUCCUUUGAUCCUUUAAAUGGUGAGCUCAUUCUGAGACAUGCCUUUCUCAGGAAUCAAAGGUAGCCUGUGUUCUGGUUCUUGUAAGAGUUUCGAAUUCUCUUUAGCACCAUUUUCACCUUUUUUACUUGACUUAUUUUGAUAUGUUCGUCUACCUUAAUACGAUCCAUAGUGCUCAAAAACACGGCUGGUUAACUGGCUGCUUUGCCUGUUUACACGUGUUGUGUACAUUGGUGUUAUUGGGUUCUCUCUUUUGAGCAUACAAACACUAUUACCCUUUUUGCAUACAUUGUAAAAUGGACGAUUGAAGGAAAUAUUAUGGUGCACUUUAUAUCUA